CAAACUCUUCGUCGCCUGUGCUCGGCUGAUUUUUUAUGUUAACGUGCUGUGACUUUUUCCUUGCUGUGCCGUAUUGUUCCUGCUUGCGCGUGUGUGUGCGUGUGAAUUUUUCCAGGCCUCCGUCCUAGUCUUCGGCGUGUCGACGGAGUUGGUUAACGCUUUACAGCAGCAGCAGCAGCCACUAGUCGCAUUACUAAUGUCGUCGCCGUUCGUACAUGUUGUGCCCGCGUCCGUAUCCGUGUCUCUGUUCAACGCGUAGCCAUCGUGUUCGUCAUUAACGCUGUUGUUUACACGUUUUUAUCCGUAGUAACGUAGCUGUAAUUACGACACUCGUCGCGUAGUGUCGCCCAUUUCUUUAAAGAAUUUUCCAAAUCACAAAAGAAACAUUAACACACGUGUGACGGAAGUGCUCCAACAGCUUUCGGCUGGCCCUAAGUUUGGUGUAAGCGUCUGGGCGCCAAUGUGACCAAAUGUGUUUGCGUACCGUUAACUAGUUAGCCAACGCCGUAGACAUUGCGUGGUGCGUUGAAGCGUGUGUCUUUUAUUCAAGAAGAAUUAAAGCAAAUUGGCGCCUGUGGUUAUUUGUUGUAUAGCGCGUUUAAUCAAUCUGACAACCACAUACACAGUCAUAUAGAAGUAUGUUUGAAUUUCUUAAACCAUUCCUGUGCUGGCGCUCUGUGUCAAACAGUGUUACCGUGUUAUGUUGAGCUUGAGCGUGUCACAACAUUGAGAUAUCCGACAUAUACGCUUACACACAUACAUACAAACAUACGUUAUGUGAAGCAGUGAAGCGUGUAUAUGCUUUCCGGUCGAAGUGAUUUAAUUGAUUCCAUGCCAUUCAAUUCGAUGCCAUACAAUACUGUAAGAUAAUUCGUUUGCCAUUCAAUUUAUUUCUGUCUGUGGUGAAAAAGUUGUUGUUGCUUUGCGUAUGAGCAAUAAAUUGGCAAAAAGCGAAAGUUGAAAUCGUCUGCCCAUAGCACACAUACACACACAUAAACACACAUACGUGUAAGCUCAAGUGAGUAAUAUGUGUUUUAAGCUUGUAUGUGUAUGCUAUAGCCAUAAGAUAUAUAUAAUGUACAUAUAAUAUACAAACAUACAUACUUUAGUGUGUUCCACCUACAAUUCUGGUAUUUGCAGCAGUUCAAAGCAUAUAAUCAAAAGCGAAUUAAAGCGCCACAGGCCAACUCAUUUCAAUUAUAGCUGUGCAUUUAAUUCAUACUGUUUACAACUUGACUAUUAAAGUGUUGUGUUCUGGCAAAUUUUGAAGCUCACGUGGUGAGUGCGUGGAUUGUAAGAAAAACCCGGUGACAAUCAAUAAAAAUAAAAACAACAACAAAGUAACGCUGCUUGAAAGGAUUAAGUUUUUAACAAAGCAAAUAAAAAAGUGAGUCACAGGGUGCUGCACAAAUUCACUAAUAUCUACUUAUGCUGUUUUGAAAAUUAAACAGAUAAAUUCGGAGAGCAAAUAAGCAAAUGAACCAUAACAAUAAAUCGCAAGUCCUUUGAGAGAAUGCUAAAACGAUAGAAUGGCAGCAUAGUGCCAUUGUUGUGGUGCGAAAGCGAAUGGUGAAACUGGAGCAAAUAUAAAUAAGAGGCGCAAACAUAACGACAACGCAGCCAAGCGGCAAAAAAGGCACAAGCAAUGUUGAAUGACCGAACAAUUCAAAAGUAAAAAAGUGGUGCGGCCAAGUGAAGUGUACAAAUAUAAAUAAAUAGUGGAGUGAGUGUACUUACAAACAUAGCAUAUGUACGAAAAUAUAUGUAGAAAUAUAUAUAAAUGUGUAUGCAUGCAGCGACAGGCUAAUCCGGCAGGACCAAGAAAAACUUAUCGAUAAUCGUAGCAAGGAUAUCUACAUUAGCUACGUAAAUGAACUGAAAAGGCCAAAGUGUGCAAAGCAAAUAGCGAAAAACAAUAAGAAACAACUACAAAAACAACAAAAACUAAGCUAACAACUAAAACACCAAUAAAAAGAGCUUUUCGAACAAAAGCGGUGCAAAUACAGCAAGCGCCAAAUAACAAAGUUUAAAAACACAGCAACAACACUUGAGCGCACCAACGAACACGAAAGCCAUAAAAGUGGCGAAGUGGCAAAGUGGCAGUCAAACUAUGAGCAGCGCGCAAUAAAACUUGAAGUCAGUUUAUUUGUGCGACUAUCGACGCAAUCUACAACGACGAGGGGGUGUGCGUGUAGAAGCCUAAAGUGACGCUUGCCAACUGUCAUACACGCACACACAGAAAGAUUUGUUGCAAAAAAAAAACAAGUGAGCCAAGCGCACUGAAGUGCCACUGAAAAUUCGUAAAACAUAAAACAAUCGUAAAGCAGGCCGUCUACAACGCUGCUAGAGCGCGAAGCGGCGCACAGGUCUUACAGCCCAUUCACUGGGUCAAUAAAAUUGUGCAAUAUAAUUUUAUACAAAUAUUUUGUUAUUGUUUCAAUUUUUAUGACACAUUAUUUAUGGGCUGUAGAUUCAGCUUUUUCGAAAAGGAAGUGGCACAAAUAGACUGUGCAGCAAUAAAAUGAACUAAAAUAAAUGCGCGCACACACACACACACAUAUACCGUAAUAAAUAAAAUACUAUAACAAAACGGCAUUAUGCUGACGUGAAAAAUAUUCAAACUGACAGUGGCAGCAUGAUAGUGAUAAGUAAGGCUGACAGUCAUCAUAAUAAUUACUUUCGCACCCUCAACAAAAGCAACAUUAAUAACAAUAAUAACAAAAACAAUAAGAAUAACAAGAAUACUAGUAAUAAUAAUAAGAAUAACAACAACAAAUCAUUGUUAACCCCACUGGCGUCAGCGUUUGCAGAUUGUGACAGCUAUUGUUGCAACAACAGCCUAGACUGUCAGUUGGUGGCACAUAGCGUGAGCAUGCAGCAUAUUCAGCGGCAGCACAGUGCAAUGAACUGAGGUGCGGGGAGUUGACGUUAUUUCCGUGUGAAUAGAGAAGAAUUUAGUGCAGAAAUCCGCAAUGCGAAUACAACUAUUUCCCAGUCCCAACGCCAAUAACAACAACGACAACUAUGUCCAUUACACAAACACAACUGAGUGAGUGCAACAGUGGCGUAAAGUAGAAGGACAAAGUAAGCCUGAAAAAACACAUAAAAAUAUAUAUAUAUAUCGAAAGUGCCAAGCAACAGUAAAGCAGAGCGUUAGCUGCGCGCCAGCGUCCGUUAUAAAAGAAAUUUUGUGAAAUUGUGAAUACCAAGGCGCCACAGCAGCGUCAGUAGUAGUAGCAGCAGUAACCGUUGCAUUAACUAACACACACACACACAAACACCGGCAGAGCGGCAGUGCAGCGGUAGACAGCAUGCAUUCGCGCCAGCCAGACGUGCGCGCGCCAAUGUGGCAACAGCUGCUACCAGCUGUCAUUUUCUCGCUGCUUAGCAUAGUACCCCUCCAUGCCGAAGUUGUCGAUAUGACGCCACAAUACAGCGCUUCACCCUCCGUCUUAACCAGCAGCAGCAGCAGCGUCACAGUGGGUGUCACAUCUGCGGCAACAGUGUCGGCUUUCGUGGAACCCUACUUGGAGGGCUACGCCUCAACAAACGUAACCGCACAGAUCGGUACGCACGCGUAUUUGCCAUGUCGGGUGAAGCAGCUCGGCAACAAAUCAGUGUCCUGGGUGCGCGUGCGUGAUGGUCAUAUACUCACUGUUGACAGAGCUGUCUUCAUUGCAGACCAACGAUUUCUUGCGCUUAAGCAACCGGACAAAUUCUGGACGCUGCAAAUAAAAUAUGUACAAGCAAGAGAUGCGGGCGCCUACGAAUGUCAAGUGUCAACGGAGCCAAAAGUUAGCGCCCGAGUGCACUUGCAAGUGGUUGUGCCACGCACCGAAAUUGUCGGUGGACCAGAACGCUUGGUCAAGGCUGGCAGCACUGUUGUGUUGCGCUGCAUCGUACGUGGUGCCCUGGAGCCGCCCACCUUUAUAAUGUGGUAUCAUAGUACGGAGCAAAUCACCAGCGAUUCAAAACGUUAUCGCACACAAGUUGACCGAAAUAUACCCGAAAUCGAAGGCGAUGCCCAUAGUACGACCGGCUCAUUAAUCAUUGAAUCAGCGAAAAAACGUGAUAAUGGCAAUUACACAUGUAGCCCGUCAAAUAGCCCCAGUGUGACUGUGAUGCUCAACGUUAUAAAUGGUGAGUCAUCCGCAUCAGCUGUCACUUCAUCCGCUCCAGUACGAAAAGCGUACACAGCCUGCAUACUGGCCAUGCUCUUCAGUAUCGUUAUAAUUGGCGGACACAACACAUGACAUGUUAAUUUACAAAAACAACAAAAGCAGCAACAACAAGAAGAUGAGAAACAAAAGCGCAUAAGGCAAAAUAAAUCAAUACAGAUUGUACUAUCCCCAAAGAAGAUGAAAAGCUGCACAAAGAGAAAUUCGUGCGCACAACAACACUCGACUAAAAUAAAAGAAACAUCGCAGCAACAGCAACAACAACCAAAAUUGAACGGAGCUGUACAUUAAUACGGCAAAUAAAAAACUAAAAAACAUUUCUUCUUUAACGUAUAAGUUUAUAUAGGCAGCCGUAUUCAUGGAUAUUAGAUACAAUAACAAAAACAACAACACAUUGAUUUAUGUGUUCUACAAGCAGCGGCAAAGCAAACAACAA